CUGGGCACAGAUUGAUCUGGGAAUGGCUCCAUCUCCACCCCUCAGAUAUAAAUAGGGCCUCAGGGGCCUGGCCAGGGGAAAAGGCUGCCUUUGUCUUGGGGACUGAGCAGAAGAUAUUUCAGGGUACACAGAAGCCAGUGCCCCCAUCAGAGAUGGCUGCUGCUGGUGUGAGCCUGAGGGCCACCAUCCUCUGUCUCUUGGCCUGGGCUGGCCUGGCCCUUGGUGACCGGGUGUACAUACACCCCUUCCACCUCCUCGUCUACAGCAAGAGCAGCUGUGACCAGCUGGAGAAGUCCAAUGCAGAGACACCCAAAGACUCGACCUUCACACCUGUCCCAAUUCAGGCCAAGAUGUCCCCUGUGGAUGAGGAGGCCCUGCAAGAACAGCAGGUGCUCACUGCCAAGAAGCUGGAGGCUGAAGACAGAAUGAGGGCUGCGGAGGUGGGGAUGCUGCUCAACUUCAUGGGCUUCCGCAUGUAUAAGAUGCUGAGCGAGAUGUGCAGCACAGCCAGCUCCGCCAUCCUCUCCCCAACAACUCUCUUUGGCACCCUGGCCUCUUUCUACCUGGGAGCCCUGGACCCCACGGCCAACAGACUACAGGCGUUCCUGGGUGUCCCUGGGGAAGAUCAGGGCUGCACCUCCCGGCUGGAUGGUCACAAGGUCCUCUCUGCUCUGCAGACCAUCCAGGGCCUUCUAGUCACCCAGGGUGGGGCUAAUGGCCAAGCCAGGCUGCUCCUAUCCACAGUGGUGGGCCUGUUCACAGCCCCAACCCUGCACCUAAAGCAGCCAUUUGUGCAGGGCCUGGCUCCCUUUGCCCCCAUCACCCUCCCACGCUCUCUAGACUUAUCCACAGACCCAGAUCUCGCUGCUGAGAAGAUCAACAGGUUCAUAGAGGCUGUAACAGGGUGGAAAAUGAACAGACCCCUGACGGGAGGCAGCCCAGACAGCACGCUACUCUUCAAUGCCUAUGUCCACUUCCAAGGAAAGGUGAAGGGAUUCUCCCUGCUGCCUGGACUCCAGGAGUUCUGGGUGGACAACACCACCUCAGUAUUGGUCCCCAUGCUCUCAGGCAUGGGUACCUUCCAGCACUGGAGGGAUGCCCAGAACAACCUUUCCAUGACCCGUGUGCCCCUCAGCGAGAACGCCUGUCUGCUGCUGAUCCAGCCCCACUGCUCCUCAGAUCUGUGCAAGGUCGAGGCCCUCACCUUCCAGCACGACUUCCUGAUGCGGAUGAAGAAUCUCUCUCCCCGGCCCAUCCACCUGACCGUGCCUCAGCUGGUGCUGCGAGGGUCCUAUGACCUGCAGGACCUGCUCACCCAGGCCAAGCUGCCCACCCUGCUGGGUGCCGAGGCAAACUUGGGCAAAAUCAGUGAUGCCAAUCUCAGAGUUGGAAAGGUGCUGAAUAGCGUUCUUUUUGAACUAAAAGCAGCAGAAGAAGAGCAGCCCAUACAGUCUGCCCAGCAGUCAGAGGUCUUGGAGGUGACCCUGAACCACCCAUUCCUGUUUGCUGUCUAUGAACGAGACUCAACUGCCCUCCACUUCCUGGGCCGUGUCACCAACCCGCUGAGCACAGUGUGAGGCCCGGCUGCCACGGAGAUGCAGCUGUCACUGUGCGCAAGGGCAGCAGCGCACGGCAACACUAAUUUGUCACCACCAGUCUUCUACUUUUUCUUCCAAUGAGUUAGCUUGGAGCUGG